UGUCAAGUGAACAUCGUUCGUUCACUCUGCGCAUCAAGUUUUUCAUCAAGGCAGCUGCUGCGAUCAACAUUAUAACACAAAAAAAGGAAUUAUUUCAAAGAGUUUUGAAUUUUUGUGAUAGUUUUUAAUCGAAAUUUGAAAAAUAUCGAAUUAAAGAAGAAAUCGGUAAAGUAAACGAAAAGAAUCGGUGAAAAAAAGAACAAGUUUCAAAUCAAGCGUUUGAAAAUUUAUUUUAAAAGAAAUUUUUGAAUUUGAAUUAAAAAUUGCGAAUAAAAUGCCAGAAAUUCAAAAUUUCAAGCGAAAACGUGGAAAUCGUUCGUCGUAUAUUGUAAAUCCGGAUGGAAAUUGUACGCCAAGUGACAGUGAAGACGAGGACCAUGAUCAAAUUGUCCAACGAAAGAUCGUACGCAGAGAUUCAACGGAUGAAAGUGUUCAAAUUGAAAAUGAAUCGAGUAAUUCGAAUUCAUCCGAUGGUCAUCGUUCAAAUCAUGGAAAUAAUCAAUUGUUGCACGCUGCUCUACAAAAAAUUCAGGAACUUGAAAAUGAAUUGGCCGAAUUAGAUGAUGCUGAUUAUGAUUCGGGUCAUCAAGACGAUGAAGAUGAAAUUGAUGAGGGGAAUGGCAGUGAUUUUGAAGAAAAUCAUGAUCAUCGUAAUGACAUUUUGGAGGGUCAAGCGGAGGCCUUGGGUUUUGCAUUCUGUGUGAAAGAGACAUUUGAAUAUUUGGCCGCCGAAGGCAUUGCCCAAGAUAAUCCAAUUGUAGCCUCAUUGCGUGAACGUUUUUUAGGUCAAUGUGACUAAGUUUCGUUUCAGUAAACUGGAAAAUACAAUUUACCAUUUAAAAAUCACAUUCCAUCUAGUCAGUCUUAGAAAACUCUGUUACCGAUUCGGAAACAAACUCAUAAUAAUACAUUAAAUUGAAAUAUUUAUUCAAUGCAUACUCAACGACAAAAAAAUAGUGAAUUUUAUCACAUUUUUUUUUCUUUUCAAAUAAAAAAUGACAUAUUUUUCAAAAUCUUUUCACAAUUUGAAUUUCGUGGCGGAAAGAAAUUCAAAGCGAGAACAAAUUGAAUGAAAAAUAGAUCUCCAUUACAGAGUAGGUAGCAUUAAUGCUAUUUUUGUAAUAAUCAACACAGUAUCGAUCUCAAAUAUUAUAUUAGCCAAUUCAUCAUGUGAAAAUUCAAUCCAAUAGAAAUUCGAAUAGACAAUAUUAAGAAUUGGUACUGCAUAAAUACUACUUGUAAUACAACUUGGUACUUGUAAUUUGGCAUUUUACAAACAUAACUUGUCUUUUGGCCCAAAUUAUCUCAUACAUUCUAGUCAACGCUUUACAUUCAUAAGUUUAUGACCGAUUUUAGCCAAAUGUUCACAUCCAUUAGUAUAUAGUUAUAAAAAUAAGCAAUCAAAAGUGUCCACUAAUAUUUUCUUUUGAUAAAAUAUUUUUUUUUUUAAUUUU